AUGGACAGCCUGUUCUUUGUUUGGGGUUUUCCCAAUGCUCUGCAAAAGCCAAGGCAGAGGUAACAGCUGUGAGUACUCAGGCUUGUCGGUAAUCAUCGAUUGCAAAAAAUAACCGUCAAAAUAGAUUGUCCCCUAGGCGAGAAUGACUCUACUGUGCCUGAGCAGGCACUGUUGAGAGCGCAGGACCUCCUGAGCAAGCAUUUCUUCCAGUGCUUCGGAUACUCAGCGAAGGUUCAAGUCUGCAGAGUAUAAAGCUGCUGCUAUUCAAGCAGUGCUGGGCCUGCAGUCGUAUGAUCGUCCGUAAUCAGAAAGCCGACCACUUUUGAGACCUUCCUCUUUAUUUUAGCUCGAGUUUAACCAGGCAGAUGGAGUAGUAAUUUUCUUAGACAUGAUGUCAAACUAUAGGCUCAAGCUUUAGGGACACAAAGGCCACAUGUUCCUGGUAAAAUUGCCUCGGCAGUCUCAGUACCCGUCGCGUAUGGAAAAACCCAGACUGCUUAUCUGGCUGUACCGUCGAUAUUUAGAUCUCCGAUCAUGACGGAGAAUCGCUCGAAACGAUUUGGCGUCGACAGAGAACCGCCUGCGGUUAAGAAAUUCCCUGCCUUUUUUCUUCUUGACAAUUUUGAAACUGGAAAGAAGUAACCUUAAAUAUUUUUCUUCGUGCGGCGUAAUAAACCAGCUAGAACUGUAGAAAAACGGCUGAAAUGUAGAAAUCACGUUUUGAGCCAAAAUAACUCCAACAGAAUGUUGUUGGUCGACUGACGGCCUCAUCAUCUUCGGGUAAUCAGCGUCAGAUGAAAACGCGCAGCCGAAGGUAAGAAUCUAACCGCAGGCGUUUCGUCUGCGGUCCCGCUGGUGAAAUCUAUUUCAAGUUUUAUCUAUUCGUGGAAACAAUGCUAACACCUAGUCUCCAGGCUGAAGACCGCAAAUCUGGCAAUUCAAGCGCAAUGUCUGGUCUAGUUGGUAUGGCGAAACGCAAUUCGCAUCGACGAUAUGCCUGAAAUAAGCCUGCGUGUUUGUUGGCAUCGCCGCUGCAAAGAUCGGUCAGGCAUAUGCGUCGGCGACGACCACAAGGAAAUUUUCAUCGAAAUCAAACCGCCAUUUAGCUUUCGAAAAAUGGCUUCUUGUUUAAAGGUUUGAUUCCAGCGACUGCAUUCAAGCGCCCAAAGCGCAAACACUCGGUCUGCGAUUCUCAAAAUGUUGCCUUGAAAAAUUCGUCCUCAGGCUGGCUCGCUGAAUCGUGGCGGCUUUGCGAGCAGAAUCAGGCAUUAUCGUCGAAGCUCCGUAAUCUGUGACUCAGAAUGGACAAUAUGAUCUUUCGUGAUGUUAAACUCGGCAACCUCGACUUUGCUGGCUUAAAAUCACUCAUGGUCCGCUGCGGUUUUCACGGCGACGCGGGUAUCCGCAAUGGCUUUGAGCUGCUCAUUCAAACAUCGGCUCUCUUUCGAUAUCUGCUACGACCGUAUCAUACACGUAGUGACGUGUGGUCUCCCGAUAACCAAAAUAUUCAGUCUUGAUCUCACAAUCAACGACGAGCGAUGAUAUUUCGCAAUAUUUCUUUAACGUGCUGCUCAAUUUUCACCUGCUGCUGUUUCCGGUAAUUAGAAAUCAAACAACCUGUCGCUGUUUGUUUCGAUACUUUGAAGCUCAUGUUCCUUUACGGCACCUAAGUAUUUAGAGGAAUUUCAAUAUAACACUCGGGACUUUGGUUGUUCAAUCAUCGACAGUGAACUUCAUUCAAAUGAGCAACAUUCCGUGAAAACCGACGCCAGGGAAUGAAAAAUGCGCGAAAUAUUGUGAUACAGAAAGGCCGCCAAUCGGCAAACUUUGGUAAGUUCAAAGUAACUUUAUUCAUAACACGAAAAAGAAGGAAUAGUUCGCAUUCUGGCUUUAUUAGUAUGUUUGUUCAUUAUGAUGUUUUGCUGGCCAAGCUCUAUUUUCAGCUAAUGAAAUUUCAUGCCUAAUUCAGUAAACUCUCAAUCAGCCUCACCGCUGGCAGGACAAGCGGUUACGCUGACGACGCUCAGCAAUCCAGCUCAAGUAGAAACGGGUUGCCAUUUGACUUUGGGAACACCCGGCGUCACUGUCAAAUUCGCUGCUCAGAAAGGGUUCGGAAGUUCCCAUGCGCGGUCCCUGUUUGAUCAACCGCAUGACCUCGCGGACUCCUGAAGCUGCGCACAAACUGCUGGUCCCUCUACUUCGGGCUGGCGGUCGUUCAAGCGAUGUAUCGUUCGAGUUUGACUGUGAGGUUGACCUCUGCACUGUCGUCAGCACGAGAGAAACGCCCUGUCCAAGCGCCUGAAGAUAUUUCGACAUCCUCAUUUUUCGAAGAUGCGCAAAGAGAUAUGCAGGCCCGAGUUAUCUCGAUGGCAAUCGAAGUUUCCAACAGGCGCGGUAUUCCCCGUCGUGGCGUUAGAAUGCUGCUCCAGCAAUCAAUCGACAAUAAGUUUGCCCAGCGAACUUUCGACACGAUAUGCCGAUUAGGCGGGCAGCAAUGGUAAAGCGAAGUCAAAUGGUAAUAAUAACUCGCUGGACAAACUCAGAAGUAAAAAUGACUCUCUGUUCUCCAUCACAUGGUGAAGACCAUCUGCUUUGCCCAAGGCCACUGUUUGUAAAGUCGAAAAUAAUUAUAUUUCAGGUGCCAGGCUGCUGACGGCUGUCAAGUCAACAACCCGCCGGGCAAUGUCAGCCAUUCGCCAGUUUAG